GCUAGUUGAAGAACCAAACGAAAAUGUUUUUUGACGAGCGUGAAAAUUAAAACGCCCACAGAGAGCAAUCGCCUCCAGGCCACAAAAGGACGGGCAGAACUACACCCCCCAGGGUGCUUAGCGGCGCGCAGAGGGCGCGAGCCCCUCCCUUUCCGACGGGCUCCGUUUCCCGUGGUGCCCUGCGCGAGGCGGUGACGUCCCCGAGUUCGGCGCGCGGGGCCGCCAUUUUGUGCCUCGCUCCCGACUCGCCGCUCGUGCCGGCAUCGAAUGUGCCGCCGCCGCCGCCGCCAUGUCGGCCUCCGCCUCCGCCGCGCCUCCUGCGCCGGGCGCCCCCCGCGCGCGCUCCUCCUCCCCCCCCUCCGCGGGGACGCCUCUGUCCCCGACGCGCCUCUCGCGGCUGCAGGAGAAGGAGGAGCUGCGGCAGCUCAACGACCGCCUGGCGCACUACAUCGAGCGCGUGCGCGCCCUCGAGCUGGAGAACGACCGGCUGCUCCUGCGCGUCUCCGAGAAGGAGGAGGUGGUCACGAGGGAGGUGACUGGCAUCAAGGCUCUCUAUGAAUCGGAGUUGGCGGAUGCCCGGAGGGUUCUCGAUGAGACGGCCGGAGAGAGGGCCAAGCUCCAGAUCGAAAUAGCAACGCUCCGAGCCGAGCUCGCUGAGCUCACUAAGAGCUACAAAAAGAAAGAUGGGGAGUGGUCCACGUCUCAGGGCCGCAUCAAGGAGCUGGAAGUCCUCUUCCACCGAAGUGAAGCUGAACUGACGGCCACCCUGACUGAGAAGCGCCACCUGGAGGCCGAGGUGGCUGACCUGCGUGCCCAGCUGGCCAAGUCAGAAGAUGCUCAUGCUGUGGCGAAGAAGCAGCUGGAGAAGGAGACGCUGAUGAGGGUGGACCUGGAGAACCGCUACCAGAGCCUCCAAGAGGAGCUCGACUUCAGGAAGAGCGUCUUUGAGGAGGAAGUGAGGGAGACGCGGAGGCAGCACGAGCGCCAGUUGGUGGAGGUUGGCAGCAGCCGCCAGCAGGCGUGUGAGUCCAAGCUUGCCCAGGCCCUGGAAGAGCUGCGCAGCCAGCAUGAGGAGCAGGUCCAUCUCUACAAGCUGGAGCUGGAGGAGACCUACCAGGCCAAGCUGGAGAAUGCAAAGCUGAGCUCUGCUCAGAACGACAAAGCCGCCUGCGCUGCUCUGGAGGAGCUGAAGGAGGCCCGCGUGAGGAUCGAGUCGCUCAGCUACCAGCUCUCUGGGCUGCAGAAGCAGGCGAAUGCUGCCAAAGAGCGGGUCCAGGAGCUGGAGGAGCUGGUGGCUGGCGAGCGAGAGAAAUUCCGAAAGCUGCUGGAUGCCAAGGAGAGGGAGAUGGCUGAGAUGCGGGACCAGGUGCAGCAGCAGCUGAGGGAAUACCAGGAGCUCCUGGACGUCAAGCUGGCCCUGGACAUGGAGAUCAGUGCUUACCGGAAGCUCCUGGAAGGGGAAGAGGAGAGGCUGAAGCUGUCUCCGAGCCCUCCGUCCCGCAUCACGGUUUCGCGGGCCACCUCCUCCUCCUCCUCCAGCGGCACUUCGGCCGUUCGCUCAUCUCGGGGGAAACGCAAACGCCUGGAAGCCGAGGAGCUGCUCUCCGGUGGCAGCGGUGCGAGCGGCCUCGGUACCGGGAGCAGCGGCAGCACCUUCCAGAUGUCCCAGCAGGCCUCUGCCAAAGGCAGCGUCAGCAUUGAGGAUGUAGACCCAGAAGGGAAGUACGUCCAGCUGAAGAACCGCUCUGACAAGGAUCAGUCUCUUGGGAACUGGAGACUGAAGAGACAGAUCGGAGACGGAGAGGAGAUCGCUUAUAAAUUUACUCCAAAGUACGUCCUCCGUGCUGGGCAGACGGUCACAAUCUGGGCUGCUGAUGCUGGGGUGGCUCACAGUCCGCCUUCGGUCCUUGUGUGGAAACACCACAGCACCUGGGGCACCGGAGCCCACAUCCGCAUGUACCUGGUGAACUCCGAGGGAGAGGAAGUUGCUCUGAGGAGUUUGACUCAGUCGACUGCCACGCUGCAGGACAACGGGGAGGAAGAGGAGACGGACUUCGGAGAGGAAGACCUCUUUCACCAGCAGGGGGAUCCCAGGACGACAUCCAGAGGCUGCGCCGUCAUGUGAAAGGAAGCCCACUCGGCUCUUCUUUUCUCCUUGAUUUGCUCUUUGUUUUGUUUUGCCCAAAGUCACUGAAACUAUUUUUAUCCAUUGCAUACGAUAUCUCCUUCUUUUUUGCCUAUUAAAAUGCAGUCGGUCGCUCGGAACAAUUUUUAAAGAGAGAACUGGAAUGGGCCAUAACCGCCACCGUGUUUUGAUGUUUCCGUUCCCCCUCGGAAUGCCACUAGGUGACUGUGUCGUCUUACCUGCAAGACGCCGCUCCAGGAGUUCCCAGGGAAGAAGAUGCCCCUCCUCCUCUGGUCCUCCUCAGUGGAAGGUCUGUGGCCUGGGAAAGGACAGGUGACCUUUUGGCCUUUGCCGGUGGCCCCUCAUCACACCAACUCCGGCCCUUGUGUUGCUGCGUUGCGGCUGAGCUGGCAGCGUGGGGCCCCCGGGCGUACCUCUCCCUGAGCUCUUACGGACAGCCAGAGGCAUCUACAGCAGUCUUCACUGGUUGUGCAGAUAACGUCGUUGCAAAUGUGAGACUGAAUAACAUUUUUAUGGAAUUGACGCAAGAAACGAGCAUUUGGGCGUGGCUUGGCAAGAGGCAUGCCAAGUGAUUUUUACGCCUGGAAAUUGUCAGCCAGAAUGGCUGUCGAAACAGUUUGGACAGCUCUGCAGUGCAGGUGGAGUUCUUAAAAGCUGAGGUGAACAGGGGAGAUCCUUUUUGCAGCAUUGAAUUGGGGUGGGGGAGAACGGGGGACCAGCCUUGUGUGGGAGGUUUGGCCUCCAGUCCAUUUGGAAAACCUUCUCUUUCUUGUAUUUUCUCCUGUAAAGGAGGUCUUCUUGACUUGACAUCGCAAUCCUAACCAUGUGUGUUCGGAAGUAAGUCCUGUUUAAUUCGGUAGGGUUUACUCUCUGGUAAGUGGGGUUAGGUUUGAAGCUGGUUACUUUCAGAACGAUGCUGGAGAUAGAGGUGUAUCUAAUGAAGUCAGAGGGGGCCCAUUGCAAGGAAUGGGCUUGACCAACUUGUACUGCAUUGAUUUCAGUGGGUCUAACUCUGCCUAGGACUUAACUCAGAUAGGACCCAUUAUCCUGCAACGGGAUCUUGUCUGCUGUUUGGAAGUCUAGAUCCUGGUGAUUCAAAAACUCCGAAGUUCUAGGAAUUAUUUUUCUGGCUGAAGCUGUUUUCCCUGAAUGUCCAAGCUGCUGAAACGAGCCCCAAUAAUGUGAAAAAUGUUCUUGUGCUGCAGGUGGGAAUGUCCAGUUCCAGAGGCUGAUUAUGGAAGGCGGGUGGGAGCCUGUGUCGGAUGUUGAGAUUCAGAUAUGAAUCCGGAGUAACUCUACCCUUGCCAACUCAAAGCAAACAGACAGAAAUAAUUAUGGGUCUGUUUCUGUUGUCACUGAAGAGAAGCAGUUGGGAUUCCCACCGUUCUGCAUCUGGCGCAGUGUCCCUCUAAGAUGCUGGCUUUGAAGAAGCUCCCUCAGGGCUGCCUUGUGGGGGCAGCAGGGAAGGCAAGAUCCGGGUGUGUUCAGCUGUGUGCAAAAGGCCCCUUGAGGGCUGCACCUGACCUGCAUUAUUUCCACCAUGGGUGGCAGUGGAGGGUUUUUUGGGGGGGCUGUGGGGGCAAGAUGCUCUCGCUGCUCUUCCCUCCUCCCCCUCCCGGCCACUGCCCAUUCCCUUGUCUCGUUUCCCCUCCCCCUGAUCUGCACCAUGUCCCAGAGGGGGAGAGGAGAAGGGGUGAGGAGAUGAUUUAUUUGGAGGGGAUGGGGAGCAACCCCCCGGGGCAUGGUGGGGGCCCAAAGAUGCCGCAUCUCCCAACCAAUGGUGCGGUGUUCUGGAUGCUGUGAUUCUCAGCUGAAUGUCCGCAUCCUGCCACGGUGGGUUGGGCUCUUUCUGCGGUCCUUGAUCUGUGGUGGCUCUUCUUCCCCUGCGUCCGAGUCAUCCCUUGAUUAUCAAGAGCAGGGAAGGGCCGUGUCUGUCUGGAUGGACACCCAGAGAUGCCUUUGGCUAAAUCCCAGAAGCCAGCCAGUCGCAGGCCCUGCUUGCUGCGAUGGAGGAUUGGAGCUUCCGAUGUCCCAAUGGAAAGGUCUGCGGAACCCCGGCAUUGCUGCAGCGUAAACAGGGCUUUGGCUCAUCCCCCUAGAUCAUCUUCAGUGGCACUUGGCUCCGGCCAGUGAGUAGCCUGGGCCGGAGGGCAGAGAGAAUGCCGUCAUGACGGCUUUGCUGCAGCGCAAGUUGGGUGGGAGUUGGUAGGACAGGGAACAAAAUGUCAAUCUUCAUGUCUGUCUAUAUUUUAAAAUUUAAGGUGCUUGUGUUCCACAGACAUUCCAAUGCCAUGUGGUGUGUUAAUUCCCAAUGUCCAAUUACUGAAAAGCGUUUCAGAUUUAGAAGUUCUGCUUUGUUUGAUUGAGCUAGUAGUGCAAAAGCCCUCUUCUUCUCUACCCCCACCCCAUCCCCAACAUCAUCCUCAGCCUGCUCAGCUGGAACAGGCGGCUGAGGAUGUACGUCUCAGUGGGUCUUGCUGUUUUGUCGCUCCGAGGCCUGUUUCUCAGGCUCAGCUCAAAAGCUCCUUUCCCUCCACCCUUAUUCACUGCUACACCUGGGGGGGGGGGGCUGCUUUUCAAAGGCAAGUCCUGGGACUGGCCAGAGUUGUUGUUCUGUGAAUAUUAAAGAUGUGAACAUGCAAAUGUGCUCCUGGGUUCAGCAGGCAGGUCGGCCCGUGCAGCCGGAGCCACUGGAGGGGGGGGGCUGAGGGGGCUCAUGUGAAUCUUCUGCAUACCUGAGCCAGGGACCUUUUGCAGAGUCCCCAGUCGCGGGUCCAGACACGGCUUCUUGCCUUGGACUCCCCCCUCCCCCCAUUUGUCAGGGCAGGAUGAUGGGCUGGGUUCAGGUCUGUGGCUGUGUUUUCCCUGUUGUUCAAAACUCAAUUCCAGAAAAACGUCCCAUGGAAAUGGCUGCCAGCGCUGAGGGAAGCUGCUUCCAGCUGUCUUCCGGGGUGCCCUGAAUUGGGAGCUGAUGGCCAUGACAGUCCUUCAGGCGGCCAAAGGCUGACAGCACGUCGGGGCCUUUCCUUGGCCAGUGGCCUUACAGCUGGGACCCCAAACUGUGUAUCUUCCUGCCUCAGCCUGGCUGGCUUUCUGGCCUUGGGCGACCCAGUUGUUUGUUUUUCAGGCCCGUUCCUCUAGGCCCCACUGACAGUCUCUAGCUGGAAGGUUUGCACCUUUGACUUUGCACCCUCCGUCCUCUCCCCACACCUUUUUUUCCUGGUCCUGACCCCAUGAUGCGUUUGCCCUCACAGCCGUUCUUGUUCAGCAUUCAGAGCAGUGGCUGCCCCUCCCUCAGGCCAUCUUCUGACUCUGCUCCUCCAUAGGUCUUUGCAAGUACCUGGUUGUCCAGCGGAUAUCCCUGCUCUUCCAUGCUUCAAAAAGCUGCUUGGAACUGGAGACGCCGACUGUGGCCUCUCCGUAAAGCCAGGUCUCACUGUCUUGAUCCUCCCUUCUCUCCCCCUGGGGUGUGCUCAAUUUCCACGAAAGAUAAAGGUAUCUGCCAGUCCAGAUGGUGGAAAUCAAAGCUUUGGCUUUGAGCAGAGAGUUGUGUUUGGCUAUGACCUGAGCGACAGAGUUUUCCUUGCUCUUAAAAUGCUUUCCUUUUUAAAAAAAACAAAAAAACAUGCAGUUUAUUUUCUCUAAGCUGGUAAUUACAUAUGAUUAUUAGAAAUCUUAAUGCUGCCUUGAAAUGCUAAAGUCUAAACUCUUUAUGAAAAGAAUAGUAUGAAGCCCUGGAUUCUCUUGCGUGUGGGAGGAUUUUAUUUAGAGACCUUCAGCUGCAUCUUCCUGCAGUCACAGCGGUGGGAUGACUUUGGGAGCAUUUCCCUCAGGGCCUCGCAAGAGUCUCGCGAUGUCUGCCUGACCCUACGGACGCUUUGGUGGGUGCAAACUCCUCAGUGCUGUCACCGUCCAUUUCAAGUGAGUCUUUUGCCCAGGUUGGGAGGGGAGCAGCACUAGCUCUGUCCUCCUCCCAAAAGAAAGGAACCCUUGUGUGUCUGAUGUCCUCCUGAGUUACACUAAAUGCACCAGCAAUAAGCUCUUUCAAACUCUACAGAAAUGUUACAAACGUUGCCUUUAUUUAUACACUAGACAUUUCCUUAUUAGAACUCUAUUUUUGUAGCAGUGAGUUUUUGACCUGCAGUUUUUGUUUUUGAAACAUGGGUUAGUUUCCUUUAUAACUCAUGUGCAGCAGGAAAGGCUCAAACUGAAGGCAUUGGGAGAGAUGAGGCUGGCAAUCGCGUGCUUAUGGAGGAGAUCUGGUCUAGACUUUACCAUUUUAAACUGGUUUUGCUUUAUUAUGGAUAUGCAUGCCAAAUUCUGUCUUUUUCAGUGUUUUGUAAUAUGCAUUUUUUGACUGGAAACCUUUUGUACAACACACUGCAAUAAAUGUUUUGCAUUUU